AUGGAAUCUUCUUUUACAAUUAAGUCAACUACUCAAACUACAAAUUUGAAACGUCUACCUAUGGCCCGGAGAGAUCUUGGAUCCAAAGGAAGCAAUAUACAACUCUUAACUAAUCAUUUUAGAGUUGAUUUGACAAAAAAGGAUGGCCACUUCUAUCACUAUAAUAUUGUUUUAUAUUAUCAAGAUGGACACCCGGUUGAAUCGAAAGGUGUGGGGAGAAAAGUGAUAGACAAACUUUGCAUAACAUAUGAUGUAUUAAGAAAUAAGAAUUUUGCAUAUGAUGGUGAGAAAAACUUAUUCACUCUUGAUUCUUUACAUCAUAUUAAACAGGAAUUCAUUGUUGUGUUAGAUGAAUUUUCAUCAAUAAGAGUUGGAAAUAACCUUGACGAUGCAACCAAAAGAAUGAGGUGUCAUUCUCAUUCCAAAACUUUUAAGGUUGAGAUUAGUCGUGUAGGAAAAAUCUCAUUACAAGAAAUUGAAAAUGCAUCACGAGGUCAUGAAUCGGGCCAUUGUCAAAAAGUAUUAAAUAUUCUAGAUGUGAUAUUGAGACAAAAUGCAACAAAAGAGGAGUGCCUUCGUAUUCGUCAAUCAUACUUUCAUGACAAUCCAAAAAAUAUAACUAACCUUGGUGGUGGUAUUCAAUGUUGUCGUGGUUUCCAUUCAAGUUUCAUGCCUACACAAAAGGGUUUGUGUCUUAAUGUUGAUUUGUCAACUACAUUACUUGUAAAGCCUGGUCCUGUAGUGGAUUUCCUUCUCCAUAACCAAAAUAUUCAUCAACCAAAGUUGAUUGAUUGGACCAAGGCAAAAAGAAUUCUAAAAAAUAUUAGAAUCAAGGCUAACAAUAGAGUGUACAAAAUUACUGGAUUAAGUGAGAUGUCAUGCAGAAACCAAAUGUUUUUAUUUAAAAAUGGAAAUGAUGCUAAUGGUGAAGUGCAGUUAAGUGAAAUAACAAUCUAUGAAUACUACAAACACCACAAAAAUAUUGAACUUCAACAUUCUAUUGAUAUGCCAUGCAUUAAUGUUGGCAAAUCAAAUAAACCGAUUUAUUUUCCUAUGGAGUUAUGUACAUUGAUCCCAUUACAACAAUACACUAAGGUAUUGUCCAACAAGCAAAGGGCUCAAUUGAUGUUGGAGUCGAGAAAUAGUCCUCAGGAAAGGAAAGAAGUUGUGUUACGUAUUUUAAAAAGUCGUAGAUAUGAUGACGAGUCUAUGCUUCGCUCUAUUGGGAUUUCUAUUAAACCUUGUUUUAACCAAGUUAAUGGCCGUGUUUUACAAGCUCCGACAAUUAUUGUUGAAAGAGGACAAAUAGUUUCUCCUCGAAAUGGAAGCUGGAAUUUUGAUGAUAAGAAACUAAUUGAACCUGUGAAGAUUAAGCGUUGGGCAAUUGUAAACUUUUCAUCGCACUGUGAUAUAAAAUAUUUAUGUAGUAUGGUGGAAAAAUGCUCUAAAAUAAAAGGCAUGCUCUUAGAUUCCCCGUUCCAUAUAUUUGAAGAGGAUGAACGUCAUAGGAAUGAGUCACCGUCUUUUAGAGUUUCUGCAAUGUAUGAAAUAAUAAAAGCCAAGUUGCCUGGACCCCCUUUACACCCUCCUGCUCAACUUCUUUUGUGUAUUCUUCCAGUUAAAAAGAUUUGUGAAAUUUAUGGUCCUUGGAAACGAAGAUGUCUUGUUAAUGAAGGAAUUGCAACUCAAUGUAUUGCUCCAACAAAAAUUAAUGAUAAUUAUGUUACUAAUGUACUGCUGAAAAUUAAUGUAAAGCUUGGUGGGAUGAAUUUUCGUUUGUUAACCGAAAUUGAGCGUUCUAUACCAGUAUUUUCUAACAUACCUACAAUGGUUAUUGGAAUGGAUGUUUCACAUGGGUCUCCAUAUCAAUUAGAUGUACCGUCAAUUGUUGCGGUAGUUAGCUCAAGAUAUUGGCCUCAAAUAUCUCGUUAUAAAGCUGCAGUUCGUACUCAACCAUCAAAAGUAGAGAUAAUUCAAUCUCUCUUCAAGCCUGUUUCAGAUACUAAGGAUGACGGUAUCAUUAGCGAGUUGCUUAAGGACUUUUACGCAACUUCAGGAACAAGGCCUCAACAAAUUAUAAUUUUCAGGGACGGAGUGAGUGAAACACAAUUCAGCCAGGUCAUUAACUUUGAAUUGGACGAGAUCAUAAAGGCAUGCAAACAUUUUGAUGAAAAUUGGUGUCCAAAAUUUACUUUGAUUGUUGCCCAAAAGAAUCAUCACACUAGGUUCUUCAAAGUCAAUGCUCCUCAAGAGAAUGUUUUACCUGGAACUGUUAUUGAUAACACUGUAUGUCAUCCCAAAAAUAAUGAUUUCUACAUGUGUGCACAUGCCGGAAACAUUGGUACAAGUCGUCCUACUCACUAUCAUGUUUUAUAUGAUGAAAUUGGAUUUUCAUCUGAUAAUUUGCAAGAACUUGUGCAUUCUUUAUGUUAUGUGUAUCAGAGAAGCACAAAUGCCAUAUCUAUAGUUGCACCAAUUUAUUAUGCUCAUGUAACAGCGGCUCAAAUAUCGCAGUUUAUAAAAUUUGAUGAGUCAGAAACUCUUUACAACCACAAGAAAUUCACCUUAACCGAUUUAUCACAAGUACCUGAGUUACCACGUCUUCAUGAACGAGUCGUGAAUACUAUGUUUUUUUGUUAA